UCCUUGUCUUGAUGCAGAUGCCAGUUUGGUAAGUUACCUACAACAGAGUGCAGCAUUUCCUGUAGCAUGAGCAGCAGCCCCAAAGAUGAACCCCCUGAGGGGCCUAAAACCAAUAGGAUUUCCAAAGGGGUCAAUACAGACCUCAGAGGGUUUAUUCACUGCCAUUUACCAAGAUUUUCAUGCAAACAUGGAAUGUUUCCAAACCUGUAUGUGAUGCCCUGGAAACAAGAUAUGAAGUACCGAGCAUUACAUUUGCAGCAUGCUGACCAAGUUGAACUAUAUAGUGGACCCCGUGAAGACACCCUAUUUCUGGAAAAAAGUGAGAGACAUUGCCAUGGGGAAGAUCGAAAGAAAGUUAUGCAGAAAGUUCCACAUGAAGACAUUAUUGUGGAUAUUCCCAUUUAUUCUCACCUCUCCAGAUACCACAAAUCCAUGGUGGCUUAUGGCUUCAGGGUCAAACUCUGAGAUUCUUAUCUUCCAUUGGGAUUUCAUCAGCUGUACAUAAACAAUGUUACAAGAAAAAAAAAGCAUGUGUUUGCU